AGGAUUUCACAACAAUAAGUGACCAAUUUUCCAUUUCAGUUCUCUUACGAGAUUGCACUCUUAUCCUUACAUGGGAUAUAGAAAUAUAUGCCUUACAAAUGGGAGAAUUUGCAGAAGUUCUUGAACAGAAAAACAAGGUCUUUAUGAUUGACCCACGAUGGGUUACAAUCAUAUGCAGAAAUCAGAAAUAUCGUGAAAAGAUAGGAGUGAAAUCUGAAAAUAAUUUCAUGAUAAAAGGAAAGAAAAAGGAUACAGACGAAGAGGAAACCAUAUGGGGAUCGGGUGAGGAGGUCGAGGAAAAGAAAGAUUAUAUGGAAGCAAUUAAGAUCAAAAUUAUUGCAGAAGAGGAUUUCUUUUCCAGUUUUCUUAAACUACCAGGAUGCGUACCAAUUGAUGUCUGA